AUGGCCCUCAACGUUACCUUACUCAACUACUCACUGACGACAUUGUUGUUCGGGGGAAUCACUGCUCUGCUUGCAGCUACCAUCAUUUGGUUGGUGUUUUCGGAACUCACAUCUCCCCUGCGUAGCUACCCUGGACCCUUUCUUGCCCGGUGGACCAAUCUCUGGCGUUUGUAUCAAGUCCGAACCCAGAAAUAUCAAUGGACUAUCAAGGAUCUGCAUGAGAAGUAUGGCCCAGUUGUUCGGAUUGGUCCCAACCUGCUUGACUUGGAUCAUCCCGAGUUGAUCAAAACAAUCUACAGCACUGACGGGAAAUGGUGCAAGACCGAGUUCUACCACAACAGCAGUGCGGUUAUUAAUGGCAAAAUUACAUAUCACUUAUUCAGCACAACCGACCAAGCAGCUCAUGCCCGGCUGAAGCGACCGAUUGUGAAAUACUAUUCGAUGAGCAACAUCUUGAACCUCGAAUCCCAUGUUGAUACGGUCAUCAGCGACUUUUGCGACCAUUUAGAAACAAGAUUCAUGGACAAGCAGAGCCAAGAGAAAAAAUUCGAUUUUGGACAGUGGAUUGCUUUUUAUACUUGGGAUAUGAUUAGCUCUGCCACUUUCAGCCAACGCUUUGGAUAUAUGGAAAAAGCCUAUGAUUUUGACGGUACGAUUCAUACCGCUGACCAAGUUACCGACUACUUCGCAAUGGUUGGCCAAAUGCCGUUCUUGGAUUAUCUUCUGGAUAAAAACCCCAUUAAACGCAUCGGACCGCCGAACCUCGGCAACGUUACGCGCAUUUCGGUUGAGAAAAUGAUGUCUCGCGUAGACAAGCUAGAUGAGAUCGACCGCAAGCCAGCAGAGGAACUCGAUUUCCUGGACCAUUUCCUGAGUGCCAUGAAGAAGACUCCCGAUCUAGUUGAUACCAGCGUCAUUACGGGUUAUCUCCAGGUCAAUAUGCUGGCUGGCGCUGAUACGACGGCAAUCACCCUUCGUGCGAUCUUCAACUUUUUGCUGGAGAAUCCGCGCACCAUGAUCAGACUCAAAGAAGAGCUACUUUCGCUGGACUAUAAUGGAACAAAGGAAAAGAUAGUGUCCUACAAGUCUGCACGCGCGGUGCCCUACCUCGAUGCCGUCAUCCGCGAAUCCAUGAGGAUGCAUCCUGGGGUCGGCAUGCUUCUGGAACGCUACGUGCCUGACACUGGUUUACAAUUACCCGAUGGCAGCUUUGUACCCGGCGGAACAGCAGUUGGACUAAAUCCUUAUGUCAUCGGCCGGAACAAGGGUAUUUGGGGCGAUGAUGCCGAUGAAUUCCGUCCUGAGCGAUGGUUGCCAAAGACCGGCGAGGGUGACGAAGCCUUUCAGCAGCGCCUUCGCCAGAUGAACGGUGCUGAUUUGACUUUUGGUGGAGGAUCAAGAAUUUGCAUCGGUAGGAAUCUCGCCCUCCUUGAGAUAUACAAGGUGGUUGCUACUUUGGUGUCUCGAUAUGAGAUUCUAAGUGUGCCUGGACAAAAGAUGAAGAUCAUCUCAACAUGGUUUCCGCGCCAGUCUGGCCUUAUUUGCCAGUUGCGCAAGCGAUAG